UAAUUAGUUAACUUAGGUAGUUGGUUAGUUACUACUACCUUACUUACUACUAGGUACUACCUAUUGUUAUUGUCUCGACUCUCUUCUGACGGCCUUCCCUUCAUCCUGUCUUUUCUUUGUUUCACUGUACAUAACAAUAGAUACGAUCCAUCACACCCGGUCUGCCGCCGAGUCCAACCCGCUGACGACCACCGACGACCGCUGACGACCGCUGACGACCGCCGACGAUCCCCUAUCCAUGCGGUCCGCCAGCGCUUAAUUGAGCGUCCCAUCUACCUCUUUCCUACCACCUUUUCCUUUUUUUUGUCACACAGACACACACACACAACACACACACCAUGUGGCUGUCAUGGUUAUCGAGGUCAUUAGUACUGCUCGUUGCGAUCGCUCAAGUCCGCGCCGAUGCAGACUUCAUGAGCGUCCGGACAAGUCUGGCAAAGGAUUAUAGCGGGAAGGGUGGUGAUCCGGGGGAAAAAUAUUUUCACGAAUCUACAUUCCACCAUCAUUAUGACGGACGAUUCGCGUCGAACACACUGCCCGAGUCCGAGAGUGCCCCGUAUCUUUCAGCGCUCAUCCAAACGUACCUCUCGACAAUGUCGGAUAUCGGCGCUGAGACAUGGAUCAUGCAUGGCACGCUGCUCGCGUGGUGGUGGAACCAAAAGAUUUUCCCAUGGGACAGCGAUCUUGACGUGCAGAUAUCCGAGCCGACCAUCCAUUUUCUGGCCGAAUACUACAAUAUGACUGAACACCAUUUCAACCUGCCGGGUGUCGAGGGUGGCCGCACAUACCUACUGGAGAUUAACCCGCACUAUGUCGUGCGGACCACCGCCGACUGGCGGAAUGUCAUUGACGCGCGCUGGAUAGACACUUCCUCCGGCCUGUUCAUUGACAUCACUGCAGUGCGCAAGGAUGAUGAUCGGAGAAGGGCUGGGCGGAAGGGUGCCAUGAUGUGCAAAGAUAAACACCGCUACGAGGAAAACGAUAUUUGGCCGCUGCGGGAAAGCCUCUUUGAGGGCGUGUCCGUCAAGAUCCCUUACGAAUACACGAAACUACUGCAAGAGGAAUACGGCUCCAAAUCCAUGACCCAGACGUCUUUCGAGGGCCACAAAUUUAAUGAAGAUACUAAGAUCUGGGAUCGCAUCAGAGGCAAUAAACACCUGUCGAGACUGAGGGGCCGGAGCCUAGACGAGCUUCCAUCACGCACCUCUCCCCUCGAACAUAGACUGUCAUGACCCUCUUUCCAACAACACCGUCACUCCGACCUCCCUUUUUGUACAGCUCAUUGCCCCUGUUCAUCCAUGGGCGUUGGACAUCCUUAUCUUUCUUCUCUCUUUCCUCAGCGUGAUCACUGCUCUAUUUAUCCUAAUCAUUGGUAUCGGGUUCGUCGUCAUGUCGGUUCGCACCGACCUCGAGCCUCUUGCAUUGGCCAGGCGUUUUCGCAUUGAUCUGAAAAGAAGUUUCCGCACUUUUUUUCCCCAUUUUCUCCUAUUUUUUUUUCUCCUUUUGGUUCUCUAGCAUAUAUAUCAUGCAAUUUCUGUAUUUUUCAUGAG